AUUUGUUGCUCCAGCGUGUUCCCGAGCGGUACAAGAGCAAGAACUGAUCUCCGAUCCUGUGACGGUAACGGUGGUUGCGGUCAUCUGUCCCUUGUGUGUGUGCCCGUGUGUGCAAAGUGCUGUAGGGGUUGAACCAUCAGGUGCCAGAAAAAAGGGCAAGUGACGUGCCCAAAAUAAGUGUUUCCUGUUAAAUUGCGUUUGUGCUGGCGGUGGCGUGUGGCAGUGACCGACCGAGUUCAGCAGGACACUUGCGGAAAGGACCUAAGACAUUCACGGGUGAGCGUAAAAGCACUCGGGAAACGCACACGGUAGUGUGAAGAUUCGAGUUUCAGCAAACACUCAAAGAUGCACCACAUAUCGACCAUUUGUGUCACGACGUUGGUAAUCGUUUCGGUGCUGGUGCAGAGUACAAGCGGCAAACGAGGCUGUGCCGCUUUUGGUCAUGCAUGUUACGGAGGGCAUGGUAAGAGAUCGUCCGCCUCUUCCAUAUACCCAGAAGGACUCGAUCCCUCCAUGGUUGGGCUGGAAGUGCUACCCAUUCCUUACUCGAAGCUGGCUUUGGACAAAUCGCGAUCGAUGGAUGCAGCACCGGAUGUGAUGCGCCCAAACAAUGGAUACGCUCUCGAUUUAGCUGCUCCCAGCCAUCGCACAGAUUCACGGACGGGAGAGCUGAAGUACGCCAUCUACGCGAUGCUAAGACAGUUGCUGGAAGAAUCGGCCGUUAAUCGACAGGAGCAAACGCAUCAGCAACAGCAACAGGUGGUCCAAUCGUUGAACGCACCAUUCCCACACGAUGCUUCGAAUGUUGGCGAUAUCGAACGAAAGUAAAAACGGUUGACCACAGUACGCGAAAACUCCCUUGGCUUGUGAUGAUGGACUGGAGUGGCUGUACAUCCCGACAAGAACGUUUGAGACAGCUAUAUCCCACAGAUCACCGGAACCGUCGAUUGGAAGCUGGGUGUUCAAAUGUAUCACCAUCCCUCACUGUUUCAAUGAGCGUAGUAAAACAAACAAACACAACCAUAAAUAACGGCACGAAUAUAGUUUAGAUCAUCAUCCGCACCGAGCAAGCGAAUAUGAGUGAACCAUAAGCGGUGAGCAUGUGUAAAUAUAAUACCCUAGAAUGAAAGUGUGCGUGAAAGUGCAGCAGCACACGGAUUGAGUAUUAAAACAGAACAAAAAAAAAACAAUUAUUAUACGCAAAAAUGAAGCAAAACAAAACAAAAAAACAUGUGUUAAAUAGUUCAAUAAGCAAUGAUUGCAACACGCAAAUGAGUAUUUAAUAAAAACAAAUAGUUAGACGAAACUUGUCAUGGCUGGGACAGUUUCGUUUAAUUAUUCCCAAAAAAACUGAA